AUGCAUCCGCACCGCAAGGAGUAUCCGGACGAUGUAUACUGGUUCUUGCUGCGCGGUAUCCGAGAACGGUUUUGGGACUGGCGACAUCGAUUCCUGGUCGUGACAGACGAUGAGAAGGUCGUUGGUGCCGCAGAUUGGAGGAGGCUAGGAAAAGGCGGAGAAGGCAUGGGUUUGGGGCGAACAGAUCCACGUAAUCUCAUCGCGUCGGUCGUGAAUACAUACCACUCCGUGUCUGUAGCGCUCUUCCCCAAUCGCGCGGCUGAUCCUACGCGCACAUCCUUCCUCGACACCGCUGUCGCGAACUCUGAAAAGUACUGGACUGGCCAUCGCACUGAGUGCUGGGACUUGCACGUAUGUGGUGUACACCCAGACUAUCAAGGUAAAGGUAUUGGAAAGCUGUUAGCCACGUGGGGUGUACUCGAAGCGCAGAAGGAAGAUGACGGGGUUGUGGCUAGUGUCUUGUGUGGAGAAAAGAAUAGAGAAUUUUAUGCGAAGGCUGGUAUGGGUGUUCAGGUUUCGGAACCGAAGGGCGAUGCAGGCGGCAUCGCGUUGUUCACGAGGUAG